CACACAGUCAAAGAUGGCGACUCCCAGGUUACCUCUUGCUGCUCUCUCUCUGAAACAGUUCCUCCAGAGGCAGAAGGUGUUGGGGAUCUACAGAAACAUGCUGAGGACCAUCAAGCGGGUCCCAGAUGAGUCGGACAGGAAGUACCUGAGAGACUGGGCGAGAGAUGAGUUCAAGAGGAACAGGAACGCCACAGAACAGGACGCCAUCCGGAUGAUGAUCACGCAGGCGAACAAACACCUGGAGGAGCUGCAGGGGUCUCUGGCGUUGGCGACCCUGAUCCGCUAGGAGUCCCUGCUGUGGACUUACUGAAGACACUGUGUGUGUGUGCUGGGGUAACCAUGGAAACGGGGAACCCCCUCCCCACUGUAGACUCAUCUUUAACUGGUUCUCAAGAACAGAUGAAUGGACGUUAUGGACUCUGUUUCCAUCAUGAACUGUGACCCACCAGGGAGCCAGACUCUUCUUCAUGUGUUUCACUGUGUUAUAUUUGUUAUGUAAUAAACAAGGAAACAGAAGGCAGAUUAAGAACAAA